AUGAAUUUUUGUUUCAUCUAUUCAUUUGUCGCUUCUUAUAAUCUUUUGAGUAAUAGUUCAAAUUUACCUUUGUUGUCUAGAAAACAUAGCAACCGAAACACAUUUGACGAUAAAAUGUUUAAAGGCGUUUCUCCUUUUAGGAUUAAUCGCAGAACCACCGUUGAGAUAAAAAUAGAUGACACUCUGGGCAACAGAAUACAAAUGCCCACAAAGUGCUCAGUAACAGGCCGUUGCGCCACUACCCAAAACACCACUAUAAAAGGCUCAUCAAACAGAAGAAGGGGUUCCAGCUUAGUGAUGCACGAAGGAAGGCAAUCAUAG